GGCCUCGCGGCGCUGCAGGGGCCUUCGCGAGGAAACCUCCCCACGCCGUGGCCUCCCCACGCCCGUUCCCUGGAGAAAGGCCUGGGGAUUUCUGGCAGGGGGGUUUCUGGAGGCUGGGAGUCAUCGAUUCAAAACCAGGUGGAGACUUCAGCAAAGCAACAGAACAGCUGCCACCUCAAAAGAAACGCCGGUCUUUGGCAGGGAAAAUGGCUGGGCUAUUUUUAGUCAAUUAAAUUGACAAUUUAGCGUUGCACUGAUGCUCUGCAAGAGAAACUUCUAGCAGAGACAGCAGGGACUCAAUCUGUAAUGUUGUUGGAGAGCCUAGCUGCCGUGGGGGUGGUAUCUCGCAGUCCAGGGCUGGUAAAAUCUCGCUCGCUAGAUCAAAAUCACAAACCCGGCUUUGCUUUCCUGUCCUUGUGCCACGGAGCUUUACCACGUCCUGGGCUCACGUGGCCCUGGCCGGUGGGAACGAGCUCGGUCACAACCAAAUCCGGGCGGGACCAUGGGAGCCCUGGACCAUGCAGGGUCCAGGGUCCAGGUCAUGGGUGGGUUUUUGAAUGGACUAUUGCUGUUUUCUUAAAUCUGUUGUUAUUCCUUGUUGCAGGACCGCGAUGGGGGCUUGUGUCACGGAGCUGUAUGGGGCAUGGCAGUGAGUGGUGAACGACCCCAGCUCUGUGGGGACGUUGCCUUGUGGAGGCUGCGGGGAUUUAUGGCUCCUCUCUCAGAUGCAGUCCUGGGUGCACGUUGGUGUUUUUGGGGAAGGGCCCCAGAGUGAGCGUGUUGGGGUUUUGCUGAUGCACGCAUGCAAAAAAGCAAAUUUUGCAGAUGUGGAAGGUGUCACUGUGGGAGCUGGCACAGCCUAGGUUAUGAUGCCAGCAUCUGCAAACUGCUCUGUCCUUUGCACCCUCCCAGGAUGUAUAAACAAAACCAGAAGGCAGUAAUUCAACCUGUUUCUACCUUUUUAGCCACUUUAGCAAUCCCUAGUUAUGUUUCCACGUGCUCUCAAGAGAUAUUCCAUACAGGUAUGGGGGACAUACUUCAAACCAUAAAUCAAGAUACUUACACAUUCUGUUCAUAUACAAACAUGCUUUCAUUACUGAAAAAUAUAUUAUUCACUCCCUGCCUCAUUUUAUUCUCACAAAUAAAUGCAUCUGAGUUUAUCUUUCUACAGGGUACUUAUCACAGACUCACAUUAUUACACAUUAUACUCUUACCAUCAUGGAUGUACCGGGCUAACUUUUUCCUUUUAUUUUCUUUUAGCUCAAUAAUCACAAAUUCUUAAUUCAAUUCUUAAGUACACCUGUCAGGGAUAAAUAAGUAUGUACUUGGAAAAUCCAGCUGUGUUGGCUUAGCUGAAAAAUAAUCCUGGGAAAUAGAUGAGGGUGGAUGACUGCUUGGUGCUGGUUUUUUUCCCCCACCCUAUGUGAGGAAAUAUUUCUUCUAUGAUGUUAGAGAUUCAGGUCUCAUCUGCUUAUUCUGAGAUCAUCAGGAGGAAAAAAAAAAUCAACCACAUCGGAGGAGAGGGCAGGGGGUAUAUAGGGUGCAGGACUGCGGUCGGCGCGGGCAGACGGCACCAUGCGACGGCUCCUGCAGACCCUCUGCUUGCUCCUGCUGCUGCCCUUGCUCCGUGGCGCUGUCAUCACGGGGGCCUGUGAGCGGGACCUGCAGUGCGGCAGCGGGACGUGCUGUGCUGUCAGCCUCUGGCUUCGCGGCCUGCGGAUGUGCACCCCCCUGGGGCAGCAGGGGGACGAGUGCCACCCCUUCAGCCACAAGGUCCCAUUCUUGGGGAAGCGCCAGCACCACACCUGCCCCUGUUUGCCCAACUUCAUCUGCUCCAGGUUCCUUGAUGGCCGCUACCGCUGCUCGAAUGACUUCAAGAACAUUGACUUUUAGGUGAUGGAGCUGUGAGUUUCAUCCUGGCUGCCAGCCCUCAGUACCCAUUUUUUGCUCCCUCCUGUGGCUUAAUGCACUGUCCCACCAGGCAACCCUAAAAGUGCUUUUCCAAGGUAGAAAACAUUGUUAUAAGCUAUGUAUAUGGAGAAACUGAGGCGCAGUUGGGCCAAGCUGCUCUGGCACAUUGUUUAGCAAAGCUCUGCCCCAGAGCCUUGUCCUGCAGAGGAGCAGACAGAGGACAGGACACAUCUCUGGCCUCAAAAAAAAAACAUUUCACAGGAUAUUGUCUGGCUGUAAUGGAUGCUGUCAGCUACAUUUCACCUCCAUCCUUUAUUUUAUCAAAAUAAAGGGUGAUGAAAUUUGGGAAGAGUGAGAACACAGAACUCCCACCUCUGCAGCCAAGUGCUUGCUCCCAUGGGGUUUGCCCCAGUGCACAAUAAAAUUUGGGAGGUGAAGCUGAUCGGCACCAUUUCACCUGCCAAAGUGUCUGCAAGAGCAAAGCCAGCAGGAGAAGGUGGCAGUGGCAACCUGAGCUCCUUUCUGGGAGGCUGAGGAGCAUUGGCUGCAGAGCUCAAGGCACCUUCCUCUGCACAGCCCCUUCCUGUUGCCUCCAAAGUGAACAGUGAUCUUUGGCUGCUUUCACUAGAAAUUCAUUUCAGGGAAUUUUGCAGGCAAAAGAGGGAAAUGGAAAGCUUAUUUCUGCACUUUUCAACUGUGCAGGAAAAGACAAAAGGAAAAAAAAAAAAAAAAAAAAGGAAAGUCAGAGGAGCAUAAAUUUCCUUUUGUGAGAAUUUGAGCUUUUUGACUGACAACCAAACUUCAGCUUCUUCCCAAGCCAACACAAGCCCAAUGCCUCUGCAGUGCCCCUGUAGCCUCCCAGCUGCGCUGGCUCCUGUGCAGUUCCUCCUGCACAAAUCUGCUUUGUGAUUCAUGCAACAACAAUUCCUGUUGUGAUUGUGUCUUAUCCACAUAUUUCCUCCUGGAAGCUGCUCUGAAAGCUGGUGAUGAAUGAGCUAAUGCCUGUAAUUAAAAGUCCAUCAAUUGCCUUGUGUAAUUAAGGGUUGGGUUUUCCCCAACAUUCAAGCUUUGGUGCAAAGCACCUUGCAAUGCAACUACUUUAGCAGGGGGUGAAGCAGAGCUGCCUGGAGCUGCCUGACGCGGGUCUUUGGGACAUGAGAAGUUUUCCAGGCUCAGCAGUUGCCUGAGGUUCAGGCACUAUGCUGGCCUCUGUCUAUGCUGGUCAAAUUUGAGAGGAAAGUGGGACAUUAUAUUUAAUUAAAUGUUUUUUGUCAACUUAGGUCCUAAAAGUUAUCUCAGACAUGCUUUCAGUUCCCCUCCUAAAAAACACAUUGUGGGAAAAGCCUGCCUCAUUUGACCAUCCGUUUGACUUCCCAAAGUAACCUCCAGCAGCUUGAGGAGAAAUUAAAAACAGAAUAAUGAGCCUUAACAGAAAAAAAAAAAAAGUUUCCUUUAAAGAAGUGGCAAUGCUUAACCAAGAAGCUUGUUCUGGGGUGCGAAAGCGCUUGUAUGCAGAGCCGCUGCCUGGGAAGCUGCAGGGGUUUACCUUUGGGAGCAGUGCCUUGGGGCAUGGGAGGGAGCUGAGCUGCAAACCCCUCCUGUGGCGUGGGUAUCCCUUUUUGCUGUAUUUUGAUGGGUUUUGGUGCUAUUGUAGCAACCAUUCCUAUUUCUAAGGACACCAGUUGUUUUUCUGUGGCAGACGCUGUGUUAAUGGAGAAUGUAAAAUAACUGAGAUUAGGUGAAAGCUUCCACACACUUGUGUCUCCCUCAAAAAAAUAUUGUAAAUUGGAUGAAAAUAAAACAUUGCAAUGA